UUAUGUUAUUGUCGAAGGCACGAAAAGAAUCGGUUUGAAUCAAUGACUGUUUUAAUGCGUUGACUUGUACGAGGGGGGACGAGUUAGAACAUGGAGACAGACACCAAGAGAACAAAAACUGGGCCUGAUUCAGAUUUAAUGGGGCAACCAGAAGCUGUCUUGGAGGAUAGGUAUACAGACCCCAUAAGUCUAGUUGAUGCUUAUGCCUGUAUCAUUCAAGAGAAGAAACAGACAGCCAAAAUUGUAAAGGAACUGACCUGUGAUCUACCCUUGACGGAUCUGUUGCAUCUCAAGAGAGUCCGCAAUCACAAGACAAAAGAUAAUGCCGACCAGCUGCAGGUGAUAGUCUGUCCCAAGUCUGCCACUGACUCCAAAUCUGAUGUGGACAUCCUGGACUCCAUUGCCUCGAGGUUCCCAGCUCUGGGCAAGCCAGUCCUUGUGAAGGUGCCACAGAACCCACCACUGACCCGAACUCAGUACCAAGAUGCCAUCAAAUACUGGCCCGUCUCUUUCCAUGAAAAUAAGAGGGUGAUGUCACUGCUGUCAGGCCAUUUCUUCUCCAGCAGUGAAGUGAGGACCAUCCACGCUCACAUGAACACAGUCCUGCAUCAGGCUAAGGUGGCCGGGGACAAGGGCCAGGUUGCUAUAGGAGCUGUAGUGGUGGAUCCAUCCACCGACACUGUCCUUGCUUUGGCACAUGACCUGAGACAAGGACACAAUCCACUCCAACAUGCUGUCAUGGUUGCUGUGGACCUGGUUGCCUACGGACAGGGAGGUGGAAUGUGGGAUAUACAGGACAGUGAUAUGAAAUACCACUCUACAGCAGAUACUGUCACACAACCUUCAAGAGAUGGCUGCACCAAAGUUGGACCGUACCUGUGUACAGGAUAUGACCUAUAUGUGAACAGUGAACCCUGUAUAAUGUGUGCUAUGUCUCUGGUCCAUUCCCGCAUUGGUCGUGUCUUCUACAGCAGUCCACAUCCAGAAGGAGCUCUUGGUACCCGCUACAAGCUGCAUGUUCAACCUGGACUCAACCAUCAUUAUCAGGUGUUCAGAGGGGCACUGCCAACUCAGUGUCUCAACCUAGACCAACAUGGGUGACAUGUUACAUCCUACAGCAUAUGUCUCAGGUUAGGCCAACAUGGGUGACAUGUUACAUCCUAGAGCAUGUGUUACAGGUUAGGCCAACAUGGGUGACAUGUUACAUCCUACAGCAUGUGUCAUAGGUUAGGCCAACAUGGGUGACAUGUUACAUCCUACAGCAUGAGUCACAAGUUAAACCAACAUGGGUGACAUGUUACAUCUUACAGCAUGAGUCACAAGUAACACCAACAUGGGUGACAUGUUACAUCCUACAGCAUGAGUCACAAGUUAGACCAACAUGGGUGACAUGUUACAUCCUAGAGCAAGAGUCACAGGUUAGGCCAACAUGGGUGACAUGUUACAUCCUAGAGCAUGAGUCACAGGUUAGUCCAACAUGGGUGACAUGUUACAUCCUAUAGCAUGUGUCACAGGUUAGGCCAACAUGGGUGACAUGUUACAUCCUACAGCAUGUGUCACAGGUUAGGCCAACACGGGUGACAAGUUACAUCCUACAGCAUGUGUCACAGGUUAGGCCAAUACGGGUGACAUGUUACAUCCUACAGCAUGUGUCACAAGUUAGACCAACAUGGGUGACAUGUUACAUCCUACAGCAUGAGUCACAAGUUAGGCCAACAUGGGUGACAUGUUACAUCCUACAGCAUG